AUGCAUUUAUUUGGUAAUAAAUUUUAUAUUAUUUUUAUAUCAAUAUGGAUAGUUGGACUUUAUAUUAUUUCGACAACAUUUCAUUUUACGCCGAGUACCGAUAAAGGAUCUAAAGAUCGAAUUGAAUAUUUACAAAAGGAAGUCGAUUCGUUGAGACAAAAACUUUCUGGAGUUCAAUCAAGUAGUAAUGAAUGUGAAGAACUUAAAGGCGAACUUAAACGUGUCAAACGUCAACUAUUGGGGAAAACGGAUGGUGCAAAAAAUGUACAAAACGGACCUGCAUUAGAAUAUGAACAAUUACGGCGAAAAAUUGAAACACAAGCACGUGAAUUAUCGUAUUUUACUACUAAUCAACUAAAUAAAAUCUCGGAAAAAUUGUCAGAUGCUGACGAUAAAUUAAAAUGGAAAAAUGUCAUCGAACGAUUUGGUGAUCAAAGUAGAGUACUUUUGGCUUCCAUACGAAAUAUAACUAACGUUGAUAGAUAUCAAGCAUGGCGUGAACAUGAACAUGAAAGUCUUUCAAAAUUAAUGCAAGCAAGAUUAAACUAUUUACAAAAUCCAGCGAAACCAUGUACAGAUGUUAAACGUUUUACAUGCGACAUUAAUAAAGCCUGUGGUUACGGUUGCGAAAUUCAUCAUGCUAUGCAUUGUUUUCAUAUUGCGUAUGCACUCGGAAGACCAAUGAUUCUUCAAUCAAGUGGAUGGCGAUAUAAUCCUCGUGGAUUUGAUCAAAUUUUUCAACCUCCAAGUCUCAACUGUAACACAUCAAUGGCUUCCGGUGCAUCCUCUUGGGAUGCUUAUAAAACAGCGGAUGUUGUUAAGAUUCCACUGAUCGAUGAUAUUCAGCCACGUACAGAAUUUAUGCCUAUGUCAAUACCUGCGGAUAUAUCUAAAAGACUUAUUCGUUUGCAUGGUAAUCCAUUUGUUUGGUUUACCGGACAAUUAAUGAAAUAUCUACUGAGACCACAAGACUGGUUAAUGGAAUUUAUGAAGAAAAAAUUUGAAGAAAUUAAAUUCGAAACGCCAAUUGUUGGAAUUCAUGUACGACGAACAGAUAAAGUUGGUACUGAAGCAGCAUUUCAUGAUAUAUCAGAAUAUAUGAAAUAUGCCGAGGAUUAUUAUAUUACGUAUCAAUAUCAAAAUCCGAAUUCGAAAUUUAUUAAACGUGUUUAUUUGGCAACGGAUGAUCCAUCGGUUUUCAAUGAUGCUCGCACUAAAUAUCCUGAUUAUGUGUUUUAUGGCGAUACAAUUGUGGCACAAUCGGCUCAACUUAAUACAAGAUAUGGAACAGAAUCAUUGAAGGGUGUUCUACUCGAUAUUCAUUUUCUUUCAUUAUCCGAUUAUCUUGUUUGUACUUUUUCAUCACAGAUCUGUCGCGUUGCUUAUGAAAUAAUGCAACAGCGUGUUAUUGAUGGUGCAUGGCGUGUACAACCGCUUGAUGAUGUUUACUAUUUUGGUGGUCAAAAUCCACACAAUCAAAGAGCAGUCAUAUCCCAUAAAGCUAUUUGGCCAAAUGAAUUUAGUUUUGAACGUGAUCAUAUUAUUGGUACUGAAGGUAACCAUUGGGAUGGAUUUUCAAAAGGAUCAGAUAAAACCAAUGGUCAAUCGGGUCUUUAUCCAUCGUACAAAACGGAAGAAAUAGUUAAUAUUGGGCAAAUGUAUACGUAUCCCGAAAUACAAAUUGAGGAGAACGAUUUAUAA